AGUACUAAUAAAAUGGGAUAUGAUGAGUGUGGAGUGGCGCUGAGCUAUUAUUAUUCCUCAAAUAAUUAUUCAUUUCUUCUUUCAAAACAAAACAAAAUGCCUAAUCCCAUUCCCAUCUUUCAUUAAUCUUGCACCGAUCACAUCUUCGCCACCAUCACCACCACUACUUUAAAUUCAACAUCUAUUUCUUCUCCUUCUUCUCACAUUUCCAGAUUUCCACUCUCAUUUUCUCCAACUUCACGCAUCCAAGGAGUUUCGCAUCAGCUGCGCUGCUCCUUUUCACUACUCAAUAUGGAUAAUGGCGUUUGCCCGAGUUUGUUUCCACUGCACCGCAGCAAGACCAUCCACCUGGUGAGGCAUGCUCAGGGAAUCCACAAUGUAGAUGGAGACAAGAACUACAAAGCUUUCAUGUCUCCGGAAUAUUUUGAUGCGCACCUAACUCAAUUGGGCUGGCAACAGGUUGACAACUUGCGUAAACAUGUCCAUUCAAGUGGCCUCAUAAAGAACAUUGAUUUGGUCAUUACAUCUCCAUUGUUAAGGACCAUCCAAACAGCUGUCGGGGUAUUUGGUGGUGAGGCCUAUUCUGACAGGAUGGAUAUUUUACCACUAAUGGUGGCAAAUGCUGGAAAUAGUGAUCAUUCUGCAAUUUCAAGUCUUGAUUGCCCACCUAUUGUUGCAGUUGAACUCUGUCGAGAACAUCUGGGAGUUCAUCCUUGUGAUAAGAGGAGAAGCAUUAGCGAAUAUCAAUGCCUUUUUCCAGCUAUUGAUUUUUCACUGAUAGACAGUGAUGAGGAUGUAUUGUGGAAAGCUGAUGUCAGAGAGACCAAGGAUGAGGUUGCAGCUAGGGGAAUGAACUUCAUGAACUGGUUGUUCACACGGAAAGAGAAGGAGAUAGCAAUAGUUACACACAGCGGGUUCUUGUUCCACACACUGGCUGCAUUUGGCAACGAUUGUCACCCAGUUGUAAAGACAGAAAUUUCUAGUCAUUUUGCCAACUGCGAGCUUCGUUCCAUGGUCAUCCUUGAUAGAGGCAUGGUUGGGUCCGAUUGUUCAUCAACUAACUAUCCUGGAAAGAUCCCGUCGGGGCUGGAUUCGCCUAGUGGUGUUGCUGCUGAUGGGAAGAAGCAAGAGAAAGACUGACCAAACUCAACGCAUCAAUAAAGAAUGUCUAAGCGAUGGAUGAGGCGAGAACUAAUUAAGCACGCUCUGCUUUCAGUAAGUGGCCAUUCCUAGAAUUGUUACAUUAUGUUCUGGGAUGUACCGUGCUCUUCAGAAAUAUGGUGCUUUUCUAAUUAUUUUCUUUGAAUAUUCAGUGCCAUGUACGACAUGACUGAGUUUCUUCAUCAUUCUAUCUAUUAUUCACCCACCAUGUGUGGUGAACGAUUAUAA